AUGGCGCCCGGGCUCUGCUUGGCUAUGAAGCAGAGAGGCGCGUCGAGGCCAUGGAGCUCCAGGGAGACGUGCCCUCAACCACUCCUGGAAUACGUCGUGACCCUGGAGCUCCAGGGAGACGUGCCCUCGACCACUGUAGGAAUACGUCGAGGCCCUGGAGCUCCAGGAGACGCGCCCUCAACCACUGCUGGAAUACGUCGAGGCCCUGGAGCUCCAGGGAGACGUGCCCUCGACCACUGCUGGAAUACGUCGAGGCCCUGGAGCUCCAGGGAGACGCGCCCUCGACCACUGCUGGAACACGUCGAGGCCCUGGAGCUCCAGGGAGACGCGCCCUCGACCACUGCUGGAAUACGUCGAGGCCCUGGAGCUCCAGGGAGACGAUCAAAGGCACCAGCCGCCAGAUACAAAAGAAGCAAUAAGUAUAAUGUUGGAGGUCACGCAGGAUACAACUUGACACCUGGAGGUCAUGCAGGAUACAAUUUAACACCUGGAGGUCACGCAGGAUACAAUUUAACACCUGGAGGUCACGCAGGAUACAAUUUAACACCUGGAGGUCACGCAGGAUACAAUUUAACACCUGGAGGUCACGCAGAGUACAACUUGACACCUGGAGGUCACGCAGGAUACAAUUUAACACCUGGAGGUCACGCAGGAUACAAUUUAACACCUGGAGGUCACGCAGGAUACAAUUUAACACCUGGAGGUCACGCAGGAUACAAUUUAACACCUGGAGGUCACGCAGAGUACAACUUGACACCUGGAGGUCACGCAGGAUACAACUUGACACCUGGAGGUCACGCAGGAUACAACUUGACACCCGGAGGUCACGCAGGGUACAACUUGACACCUGGAGGUCACGCAGGGUACAACUUGACACCUGGAGGUCAUGCAGGGUACAACUUGACACCCGGAGGUCACGCAGGGUACAACUUGACACCUGGAGGUCACGCAGGGUACAACUUGACACCUGGAGGUCACGCAGGGUACAACUUGACACCUGGAGGUCACGCAGGGUACAACUUGACACCUGGAGGUCAUGCAGGGUACAACUUGACACCUGGAGGUCAUGCAGGGUACAACUUGACACCUGGAGGUCAUGCAGGGUACAACUUGACACCUGGAGGUCAUGCAGGGUACAACUUGACACCUGGAGGUCACGCAGGAUACAAUUUAACACCCGGAGGUCAUGCAGGGUACAACUUGACACCUGGAGGUCAUGCAGGGUACAACUUGACACCUGGAGGUCACGCAGGGUACAACUUGACACCUGGAGGUCAUGCAGGGUACAACUUGACACCUGGAGGUCAUGCAGGGUACAACUUGACACCUGGAGGUCAUGCAGGGUACAACUUGACACCUGGAGGUCACGCAGGAUACAAUUUAACACCCGGAGGUCAUGCAGGGUACAACUUGACACCUGGAGGUCACGCAGGAUACAAUUUAACACCCGGAGGUCAUGCAGGGUACAACUUGACACCUGGAGGUCAUGCAGGGUACAACUUGACACCUGGAGGUCACGCAGGGUACAACUUGACACCUGGAGGUCAUGCAGGGUACAACUUGACACCUGGAGGUCAUGCAGGGUACAACUUGACACCUGGAGGUCAUGCAGGGUACAACUUGACACCUGGAGGUCAUGCAGGGUACAACUUGACACCUGGAGGUCACGCAGGGUACAACUUGACACCUGGAGGUCAUGCAGGGUACAACUUGACACCUGGAGGUCACGCAGGGUACAACUUGACACCUGGAGGUCAUGCAGGGUACAACUUGACACCUGGAGGUCACGCAGGGUACAACUUGACACCUGGAGGUCACGCAGGGUACAACUUGACACCUGGAGGUCAUGCAGGGUACAACUUGACACCUGGAGGUCACGCAGGGUACAACUUGACACCUGGAGGUCACGCAGGGUACAACUUGACACCUGGAGGUCACGCAGGGUACAACUUGACACCUGGAGGUCAUGCAGGGUACAACUUGACACCUGGAGGUCACGCAGGGUACAACUUGACACCUGGAGGUCAUGCAGGGUACAACUUGACACCUGGAGGUCACGCAGGGUACAACUUGACACCUGGAGGUCAUGCAGGGAACAACUUGACACCUGGAGGUCACGCAGGGUACAACUUGACACCUGGAGGUCAUGCAGGGUACAACUUGACACCUGGAGGUCACGCAGGGUACAACUUGACACCUGGAGGUCAUGCAGGGUACAACUUGACACCUGGAGGUCAUGCAGGGUACAACUUGAUACCUGGAGGUCACGCAGGGUACAACUUGACACCUGGAGGUCAUGCAGGGUACAACUUGACACCUGGAGGUCAUGCAGGGUACAACUUGACACCUGGAGGUCAUGCAGGGUACAACUUGACACCUGGAGGUCACGCAGGGUACAACUUGACACCUGGAGGUCAUGCAGGGUACAACUUGACACCUGGAGGUCACGCAGGGUACAACUUGACACCUGGAGGUCAUGCAGGGUACAACUUGACACCUGGAGGUCAUGCAGGGUACAACUUGAUACCUGGAGGUCACGCAGGGUUAUCUAACUCUUCCUUCUACCGCUGUCAUCUGUCUGCCAAGUGA